UAGUAGGGAUCGCAUGUAUAUACAAUCAAAUGACGGAAAACAUCGUGGCCAGAGCUAAAGUAGCGGAGGGAAAUAGAACAUUUUGUAGCGAAUUGUGAAGCAGUAACUACUUCAACAUUCUUCCUUUGAUAUUUGAAACGAAGGCAGUAUCAUUACAUAUUUAGUUUAUCUCGCUGGCGGAAGUUCACAAUAUCAAAUACAUAGAUACAAAUUCAGUUCGUAUAGUAAUAAAAAAUAUAAUUUACUUGAAAACUGCUUUUGUUUCAUUUUUAAUAAAAAGGAAACCGUCUUUAUUUCAUUUUAAAUAUUUGGUGCAAAGAUGGGUAUCAAUCCAAUGAAGUGGAAAACCAGAAAUGUACUGUAUACUAUUUUAACACUUUUUAUCUUUUAUGUACUCUUUGUAUAUAAGAAAAAACAUCAUGUACUGUUCGAAGGAAUAAUAAAAAAUUCAAAUCCUAUACAUGUAUGGGAAUUUGUAGCGGAUUUUAGUAAUAUGAAAAAAUUAAAUCCAACAAUAGAAGAUUUUAAUAUUAUCGCAGAAAGCGGCAAUUACGAUCAUUGGAAAUAUUCUGUCGAAUAUACUGAACAUUUGAGUCAUAUACCAAUUAUACGAAACAUAGCGCAUGGACAUUACGCCAUACGUGAAGAUAAUAAUGGUUACUUGAUUACUUCGAAACAUCAAACGUGUUUCUUCCCCAAAUUUGGAUGCUUGGAGUCGAUCUCGCAAUUCAGAUUUGAUCGAGAUGGUGCAACAGAUACAAAGUGUAUCGAAACCGUACAAUAUGAAUGUCCAAUUGCAUUUUCACCGUUAUGUUACAGAGAAGUUAUGUAUCAACGAGAAGAAAUUAUGAAAAGAUUGAAAUUAAAAUUCUCAGAGGCUAAAAAUUAAAAACAGUUAA